AUGGUUUUACCAUGGUCAGACUCCAAUGUGGCCGAGGUACGCAUGGCUAUGCUUAGCCGUAGAACAGACCGAACUAUCCUUAGUUCGGUUCGUCCUUUUACUGCCCUUACCUCAGUUCCUCCUGUACAAACCGUGUUGUUGGCGAGAGAGAGAGAGAGAGAUAGAGAAAGAGAGAGAGAAGGUUGUGCCUACGGUCUGGGGUAUCCAGAACCUAAUGUGACAUUUGCUCUUUGCCGAGGCAGCAUGUCUUCACCAGCGUUAAGGGUGUACACGUCAGAUGAUAUUGUGAAUGAACUGGGAAGAGCAAAAGUGGAGUAUUUGGAAGCAUCUGUGGGAGUAACCAGCAAGAAAAAGAUUGUGGUGCCUAAGCUUCUGCAAUGGCACAUGAGAGAUUUUGCAGACGACAUGCAGUCGCUACUGGAAUGGAUUUAUAGUGAGUUGCCACAUUCUGGCUCACUAAAAAGGUUGAUAAUGGAGUGCCUAAUUGGUGAAACAAAGUCUCCUAUAGCAAAGAAGGCAGAAAUUCAGGUCAAUGACUCUGAAUUCCGUUACUUGCUUCCCUUGUAAGCUAAACAAGGAAAGAAAACACAGAGCAGCUGACAAAACAGUUAAAAAGAUUUACAAAUACAAGUGACAGAACUAUAACAGCUCUAGAAUUCAAGACAUCAGCAAGGAUAGAUGAAAAGCGACACUUUGCUCUAGACCUGUUGAUUUUUGGGGAAAUAACUUGUGUUUGAUGUGCUUAUAAUUCUUAUCAAUGUUCAA